CGGGGCGGAGCCGACGAGGGGGCGGUAUCCCCGGCCGGCCCUGCGGGAGGGGCCCGGGCUGCAGGUCGCCAUGGGCCUGCGCUCGGCGCUGCUGCUGCUGCUCGCCCUGCCGCUGGGCUGGGCCGGCCGGGCCCGCAACGUGCUGCUGCUCGUGGCGGACGAUGGCGGCUUUGAGAGCGGCGCGUACAACAACUCCGCCAUCAACACCCCCAACCUGGACGCCUUGGCCGGGCGCAGCCUCGUCUUCCGGAAUGCCUUCACCUCCGUCAGCAGCUGCUCCCCCAGCAGGGCCAGCAUCCUGACCGGCUUACCCCAGCACCAAAAUGGGAUGUAUGGGCUGCACCAGGACGUGCACCAUUUCAACUCCUUUGACAAGGUGCAGAGUCUUUCCCUGCUGCUCAGCCAGGCACAGAUCCGGACAGGGAUAAUUGGGAAGAAGCACGUUGGGCCGGAGACUGUGUAUCCCUUUGAUUUUGCGUACACUGAGGAGAACAGUUCUGUGCUGCAGGUGGGCAGAAACAUCACCCGGAUCAAACGGCUCGUCCGGAAAUUCCUGCAGAGCCAGGACGAGAGGCCGUUCUUCUUGUACGUCGCCUUCCAUGAUCCCCAUCGCUGCGGCCACUCCCAGCCCCAGUACGGGGCCUUCUGUGAGAAGUUCGGCAAUGGCGAGAGCGGCAUGGGCUGGAUCCCCGACUGGAAGCCCCAGACGUACAGCCCAGAGCAUGUGCAGCUCCCGUACUUCGUUCCAGACACUCCAGCCGCUCGCGCUGACCUGGCCGCCCAGUACACAACAAUCGGGCGCAUGGACCAAGGGAUCGGGCUGGUCCUGGAGGAGCUGCGCAGCGCCGGCUUGCACAACACCACGCUGGUGAUUUAUACCUCUGACAACGGCAUCCCCUUCCCCAGCGGCAGGACCAACCUGUACUGGUCGGGCACUGCUGAGCCCCUGCUGGUCUCCUCCCCCGAACACCCCGAGCGCUGGGGGCAGGUCAGCCAGGCUUAUGCCAGCCUGCUGGAUCUCACGCCCACCAUCUUGGACUGGUUCGCCAUCCCCUAUCCCAGCUACAGCAUCUUCGGCACCAAGACAGUCCAGCUCACCGGGAAGUCGCUCCUGCCAGCCCUGGUGUUGGAGCAGCCCUGGGUCACGGCCUUCAGCAGCCAGAGCCACCACGAGGUCACCAUGUACUACCCCAUGCGGGCGAUUCAGCACCAGCAGUUCCGCCUGAUCCACAACCUCAACUUCAGGAUGCCUUUCCCGAUCGACCAGGACUUCUACGUCUCGCCAACCUUCCAGGACCUGCUCAGCCGGACCAGAGCCCGGCAGCCGACCCACUGGAACAAGACCCUGCACCAGUACUAUUACAGGGACCGCUGGGAGCUGUUCGACCGGAGCAGCGAUCCCACCGAGAGCCGGAAUCUGGCCUCCGACCCCCAGUACGCCGAGGUCUUGGAGCUGCUCAAAGCCCACCUGUUGAAGUGGCAGUGGGACACUAAUGACCCUUGGGUGUGUGCCCCAGACGGCAUCUUAGAGGAAAAACUGAGCCCCCAGUGCCAGCCCCUUUACAAUGAACUGUGAGUCACCGGCUCACCUUGCGGGAGUCCUGUCUGCAUUCCUUCCACCAGCCCAGCCCCGGGUCCUGCUUGGCCCUCGGCUCCUCCCCAAAUCCUGACACAGCCCCAGAACCCCCAAGGGAACAGCUAGCUCGUCUGCCAAAUGAGACAUCAAGUGCCUAAACAUGCAGCCCCCGGGCUCCAGGGUCCACAGGGCGACCCCGCAGCCACGCCAGAGCUCCAGCCACCCUCCGUCUAGCACAAGGUGGGGCAGCAACCAGAGACGGGCUGGUCCCACUCCCCCAUUCACACAACUGGCGUGUGCUUUGUGUGUCAAAACAGCAUCUGCCCCUGAAGCUCAAAUGGGACAUUUUCCUCCUCAGUGGGGUGUCAUCGCACCCGGCAACAGGCAGCGCUGGACUGCAGCCAACCUGAAAGCUGUCAAAUGCAUGAUCUCAAUAAAGUCGCUGGGAAGAGAA